AGACGGAGAGACAGAGACACAGAGAGACAGACAGACAGACAGAGUGACAGAGAGACAGAGAGACAGACAGACAGACAGACAGACAGACAGACAGACAGACAUCUGAGAGGAAACUUUGGAUUCAUAAAGAAGCACAUUUUUCAAAUAGAGCUCCGCCAUGGCGGCAACCAGCAUCUCGCGCUCUGUGGCCUUCGAGGAUUAUUCCGUCUACGGAAACCUGAGUGAUGACGAGCUGCUGCAGAUCGCCAUCGAGCGCAGUCUGAGCAACACGUCCGCCAACACCGCCAACAACCACGCCAUCGCUGCUGCCAGCACGCCUUCUCCCCAACCCGACCUACCUAGCCACAGCUCCCACAAUGCACCUGCAGACCACAGCUCCCACAAUGCACCUGCACACCACAGCUCCCACAAUGCACCUGCAGAUCACCGCUCCCACAAUGCAUCAGCAGAACAGCCCACUGCACACUACAGUUCUCCAAAUCCUCCAAGCCAAAAGCCGCCUGAUCCGAAGACGUUUGAUGGGACGGUCAGUCGCUUCAUGACGGGUUCUGGGAAGAGCAUGGUGGCGUACCGUCGACCGGACGGCACUCUGGUCUACAUCGCUCCAGAACCCAAAGAGGAGGAGGAGCCUCUGUUCAAAGCAAUCCGUGUCGGGGAUGUGAACACAGUAAAAGAGUUGACGAUGUGUCCGGGAACAAACCUGAUGCUACCAAGUAAACCUGGCUGGCUCGCCAUACACCAGGCAGCGUGGUACGGUCAGGACACGUGUCUGAGGGUCCUGCUGUCAGCUCAGCGCGGGAUGAUCAACAAACGGUCGGAGCUUGGCGAGACACCGCUGUUCGUCGCCGUCAGCAACAAGCAGCUUCAAUGCGUUCAGGUGCUGCUGGAAUCUGCAGCGGAUGUCAACAUCCAGAACUACGACAAAGAGACGCCGCUGUUCAGAGCGUGUGAGCGGAACAACGCUGCGAUGGUGGCGGUGCUGCUGAACCAUGGCGCGCUGGUGAACACUUCCUGUACGCCUCAGGGCUGCACGGCGCUGCAUGAAGCUGCGUGUCGGAACAACGUGGAGAUCUGUGAGAUGCUGCUGAAGGCCGGAGCCAAACUUGAGCUCACCGACAUCUACGGCAUCUCAGCGCUGUUCAACGCCGCACAGAGCGGGCAGCCCGCCACGCUGCGCUUCCUGCUCACACACGGUGCAGACAUGGACAGUCGAGCUGCAGACGGAGCCACCGCUCUGUAUGAAGCGACUAAAAAUGGACACCGAGAAGUCGUGGAGCUGCUCCUCUCUUACAAUGCUGACCCUAACAAACCCGGGAAGACCGGCUUGUUACCGCUUCACAUUGCCGCCCAGAGAGGAAAUAACACCAUCGUCUCCAUGUUGGUCCCCGUCACCAGUAAAGCCGUAGUGCGGCGGAGCGGCAUCAGCCCGCUGCACCUGGCCGCCGAGCGUAACCGCGAUGACGUCCUGGAGGAUCUGAUCGCGGCGGGCUUCGACGUCAACGCCCAGCUGUCCGAAGAGCGCUCAAAGCUCUACGAGGACCGGCGCAGCUCGGUGCUCUACUUCUCCGUCAGCAACAACAACGAGGAUGCCGUGCGCUCGCUGCUCGCGGCUGGCGCCAACCCCAACCGCGACAUGUUCCGGGCGCUGAAUGUGGCAGCGCGGAUGGGCAGCAUGGAGAUGGUGAAGCUGCUGGUGGAGCACGGUGCCGACAUCAAUGCCCCCGUGCCCACGCACCCCACCACCUUCCCCGCAGUCUACAUGUUCUCCAUGAAGUACCUGCCCAUGUUCAAGUUCCUGCUGGACCACGGAGGCCACGCCCAGUCCUGCUUCAGCUGCGUCUACGCCGGCUGUGCUCAUCCUCCAAUCACAACCAAGCACCCGGACUGGGACCCGGGAUACAGCGACAGGGCACCACAGCAGACGGGGGGCGUUCAGUUCUGCGAGAUGAUCUCAGCUCCGAGUAUCUGCCGGUGGGCGGGGCCAAUCAUUGACGUCCUGUUGGACUAUGUUGGUCAUGUGACGCUCUGCUCCAGACUGCUGGAACAUCUGGACAGCUUCUCCGACUGGAGCGGCAUCAAAGACAAAGCAGCGCCUCCGCGACCGCUGCUGCAGCUCUGCAGGGUGCGGGUUCUCCAGCUGGUUGGACGUAGGCGUGUGAAGAAGCUGCCGCUCCCCGGAGGUUUGAUCCGCUUCCUGCAGCACCAGGAACGAUGUGUGGACGACUGCUGAGAGAAACCCUGAUGCUUCUUCACUUCAUCCAGCUCACUGAAGGCAGGGCACUGAUUGUUAUUGAUUGAUUAUUAUUGAUUUUUUUGAUCUGCAGAUGUUUUACAAAUGAUGAAAAUAUGAACAGCGAAACAUUUAUUUAACCUCAACAACGGUGCAUUUAACACAGCUGUGUGGGCAAGCCAUAGAUGCCCUCGAGUCUCUGAGCUGGAGUCCACACACUUAGCAUUCAGAUCUUCUUUAGUUUGGGCCUUGUUGUCUGAAGUUUUAAAGCCAAAAAUUCUGAUGAAUGGCACAUCAGCUGCCAGAGCAUCGACAUGUUUGUUUCCUCUCUCCCAGCAGAUAUGUUACGUGUUUUUUUUGUUUUGUUUUUUUAACUUUUAUUUUAACAGGGAAAAGAAUCAAAUUGAGAUUACAAUCUCUUUUACAAGUGAGCCCUGGCCAAGAAGGCAGCACGUAGAGGAUCCACUUUAACAUACAACAAGUAACAGACAGACAGAGAUGGACAGCAAUAAUACAUAAGAAAUAAAAACAGAAAAUCACAUUUUAAAAACAAGCG